AAUAAGUCGUUGUCUCUAACCUGUUGAAAGCCGAAAAGCAACAUACGGAGCAACCGCUCGCCGGCGAUCGAAAACGACGCCCCUUCCGCCGUCUUUCUCUACUCUUCAAGCAAACCUCUUCACAUCUCUCUCUCUCUCUCUCUGAUAUUUAUGAUCGUCUCGUAGAGAUCACUUUCUCAUCUCUCUCCACCUCCUUCGUCCUAGUCAGAUCACUCUCUGUUUCCCUGUUGUCGAUCUCUAUUCCGAGUUUUCGCUUAAGAUCCCUUAAAUGGCGGAUCCGGGGCCGAUUACGCCGGGCCAGGUAUCUUUUCUUCUGGGGGCAGUUCCGAUUUUCGUUGGGUGGUUAUACUCGGAGCUUCUUGAGUACAAGAAAUCUAUGUUUCCCUCAAAACCUCAUUCAGAUCUGGUUGACUUGGAAGGGGCAGCAGACAAGGGCAGCGACAAAACCGAUUUGCUUGAGGGAGGUCUUGCCCGGUCAACAUCUGCAAGGUUUCAUAACUCAUCCAUCAGAAUGAACUUAAUCAGGUUUUUGAGUAUGGAAGAUUCUUUCUUGAUGGAAAACCGAGCAACUUUGAGAGCAAUGUCGGAGUUUGGCGCAAUCCUAAUAUAUUUCUAUAUAUGUGAUCGCACAAAUUCGCUAGGAGAUUCUACCAAGAAUUACAACCGCGACCUUUUCCUCUUUCUGUACAUUCUUCUCAUCAUAGUUUCGGCAAUGACUUCUCUCAAGAAACAUAUUGACAAGUCACCGAUAACUGGAAAAUCUAUUCUUUACCUUAAUCGUCACCAGACCGAAGAGUGGAAAGGAUGGAUGCAGGUUCUGUUCUUGAUGUACCACUAUUUUGCUGCGGCAGAGCUUUACAACGCAAUUCGUGUGUUCAUUGCUGCUUAUGUCUGGAUGACAGGAUUUGGAAACUUCUCAUAUUACUAUGUCAGAAAGGAUUUUUCUCUCGCACGUUUUGCUCAGAUGAUGUGGAGGUUGAAUUUCUUUGUAGCAUUUUGCUGUAUUGUUCUCAACAAUGAGUAUAUGCUGUAUUACAUCUGUCCGAUGCACACUCUCUUCACCGUAAUGGUCUAUGUAGCUCUGGGUAUCUUCAGCAAGUAUAAUGAGAUCGGAUCAGUGAUGGCUGUGAAGAUUUUUUCAUGUUUCCUCUUCGUUUUCUUGAUGUGGGAAAUUCCUGGAGUUUUUGAAAUAUUCUGGGGUCCUUUAACUUUUUUCCUAGGUUACACUGACCCUGCAAAGCCCGAUCUUUCUAGACUGCAUGAAUGGCACUUCAGAUCAGGCCUUGAUCGCUACAUAUGGAUCAUCGGGAUGAUUUAUGCCUAUUUCCACCCGACUGUGGAGAAAUGGAUGGAAAAAUUGGAGGAGUGUGAAACCAAGAAAAGGCUCUCAAUCAAGACUGGCAUAGUUACUGCUUCUAUAGUUGUAGGAUACUUGUGGUAUGAAUGUAUAUACAAGCUGGAAAAAGCCGCAUACAACAAGUAUCAUCCAUACACUUCAUGGAUCCCCAUAACUGUUUACAUAUGCCUUCGGAAUUUCACCCAGCAGCUUCGAUGUUUCUCCUUGACCCUUUUCGCGUGGCUUGGAAAGGUCACUCUAGAGACUUACAUUUCCCAAUUUCAUAUCUGGCUGAGAUCAAACAUGCCAAACGGGCAACCGAAGUGGCUUCUCUCCAUUAUACCGGAAUACCCGUUACUCAACUUCAUGCUCACUACUGCAAUUUACAUCCUUGUAUCUCAUCGUGUGUUCGAGCUGACCAACACCCUCAAGAUGGUUUUCGUACCCACAAAAGAUAACAAGAGGCUGCUCUCUAACAUUAUAGCCGGCUUUGCCAUCGCCAUGUCUCUCUAUUGCUUCUCAUUCAUUAUUCUUCAGAUUCAUCAAUGACCUAGAAAUACAUGGGAUUCCAAACAAUAAUACAGGGAGUUUCAGAAGCGGUCUCCGCCAUUUUUUUGAUGGAAUAUUCAGCCUGAGGGGUCCGUACAACAAAACCAGAACCCCAGAUGCCAACGUCGCUUCGCCAAAUUGGCAGACCAUUUCGAAGUCUUUACAAGUCUUUGUUACUUCUGCUGGUGACACGUCACUGUAAUGGGUCCCACAAAAAUGUAUAGUAAUGCUAAUGUGAUGUUGAAACCUUGUUAAAUUGGAAAAAGGAAAGAGAAAUAUAUGCGAGAUUUCUGUUGUGUUGCUUC